AUGCCCAAAGGGACGGCUCAAAUCAGGUGUCUGCACAGGAGCUGCUGCGACAGUACGGGCUCUGCGUUACAAACAGCUGCAGCAGCAGUUGCAGUAAGGAGUAAGACGCCGCAGGCACAAGCAUUCAGAAGGGGGAAUGCCUCAUUUUUAGUGGCUGAAGGCGCUGCAGGGUACGGUAGGCGAAAGACUACCACUCGCUGUCUUCGUGUUGCUGCUGCAGCAGCUUGUGCUGCAUCUUUACUGCAGCAGCAACAGCAAACGUGGCUGCGUACGAGGAGCAGCAGCAGCAGCACUGCUUUUAUCGUCAGCCCCUCAGUGGCCGGCAGCGACUGUCCGCUCCUCGUCGCAUUGGCUUCGGACGCCUCUGAGAGUGCCGCUACACACGUGCAGCAGCAGCAGCAACACCGCCAGCACCAGCAACCACAGAAGUGGCACCACCAAAGACCGCCUUUUGCUGGAAAGAUGCGGCCUGGUUGCAUGCCACUUCUGGGGGAGGAAGCUGCGGCGGAUAACCCCGACAAAGCCGCCGCAGCUGGAGAAGCAGCUGCAGCAGCAGCAUCGACAGGUAUGCCAUCAGAAGAAGCAGAAGUAGCUGCAGCGCCGGAAAAGGGACGGCUCAAAUCAGCAGCUUGUGCUGCAUCUUUACUGCAGCAGCAACAGCAAACGUGGCUGCGUACGAGGAGCAGCAGCAGCAGCACUGCUUUUAUCGUCAGCCCCUCAGUGGCCGGCAGCGACUGUCCGCUCCUCGUCGCAUUGGCUUCGGACGCCUCUGAGAGUGCCGCUACACACGUGCAGCAGCAGCAGCAACACCGCCAGCACCAGCAACCACAGAAGUGGCACCACCAAAGACCGCCUUUUGCUGGAAAGAUGCGGCCUGGUUGCAUGCCACUUCUGGGGAAGGAAGCUGCGGCGGAUAACCCCGACAAAGCCGCCGCAGCUGGAGAAGGAGCUGCAGCAGCAGCAUCGACAGGUAUGCCAUCAGAAGAAGCAGAAGUAGCUGCAGCGCCGGAAGGCGGCGAAUUCGUGAAGCUGGACAAGGCCUCCUUCUGCAAACAUGAAGAAGCCACUUGUCUUCGAGUACCGCUUCACCAGCUCCAAGAAUUGUCAAAGGCGCUGAGAAAGUACCUCUUCAAGCGAAGAAAUUUGAGGCCGGUUAUAGCGGACACUUUCGAGAUCUCGCAGCAGGAGGAAUCGCAGCAACAGGGCCAACAGGAGCAGCCUAUGGAGGCGCAGCAGCAAGAGCAGCCCGAGAUGCAAAAGCAGCAUCAGCAGGAGCGCGAAGGAGAGGUGCUGCACAAAGGCAAGCUGGAGGGACUGCCGGACUUGCUGCAGAGCCUCUUGAAGGAGAGAGGCAUUCAAGUGUUCCGACACCGCGUGUUUCUGGGUUAUGAAAACCUAUCCGUCUUGGAGUGCCUGGCGGCAUUGUUGCCUGAGGGCGUGGAAACACCUCACCGAUUUGAAUGUGUGGGCCACAUCGCCCACCUCAACCUCCCUGCCUCCCUGCUGAAAUUCAAAUACGCCAUUGGCCAAGUUGUCCUGGAUAAACACCCUCAGCUGCGCACAGUGGUCCUGAAGACUGGCAUUGGCCCGAAGUGGAGAGAACUGCAGUUCGAGCUUAUCGCGGGGGAAGCGGCAUACGUCGCUAAGGUUAAAGAAUCCGACCUAGUCUUCGAAGUUGAUUAUGCCAAGGCAUUUUGGAACUCCAGGCUCUCAUGUGAACGGCAGCGCAUCACGGCAACGAUCCCAAGGCAUGCAGUUGUCUGUAAGCGUCAAUUUCUUGCGGAAGCGUUAUGCGUCGCCUCUGCAGCGGCAGAAGUGGCAGCACUAACAGUGAAGGCAUAUGGCUUAGCAAGCUCGCAAGUAGGGAAUUUGGUGGAGGUACACAAUCAAGACGCUCGAGACUUCCUUCGUUCUCAAGCCCAGCCGGCGGCAAUUGCUGCCCUCCUACAGAAGCGCAUGCAAGCAGGCGAAACCCCGUCCAAAGCAGAAGGAGCCAUCGAACAAAAGAAGAACAAUCAGCAAGGCGCGGACGAGGUGCAUGUGCUAAUGAACCUGCCAGAGCUAGCGAUUGAAUUCCUGGACGUAUUUCCAGGGCUAUUCAAUGAAUCUGAGCCCCAUCCGAAGAGGCACCGCCCGGACGAAGAAGCGCUUAGCAGCAACGCAGCAACUGGGGAAUCCACGCAUAUUUCUAAAUGGCGCGUGCACUGUUACGCGUUUUGUAGGGAUCCCAAUCCGGAGCAUGAACUCAAGCCGCGAGUUGAAGCUGCCCUUGGUUGUUGGCCGGAACCCGUGGAGAUCCUCGAGGUACGAGACGUGGCGCCUCACAAGCGGAUGUACUGUCUUACCUUUGAUUUGCCGCUCGCGCUUCUCCGUGGCGAAUACGGCAGCAAUACUAGGAAGGCAGCCGCGGAACCUGCUCCUCAGUGA